UGCAGCUACCAACACCUCUCUCUCCCAGUCUCCCUACCUCCUCUCUCUCUCUCUCUCUCUCUAUUUCUCUCUCUUUGGCUUUCUAUCUCUUUCUCUCUCUCCCAUCUUCUUCCUCUAACGUACCUAUGGACUAUGAAAGGAUUCACAAAGUUCAGAUGGGCCUUAUUUCUCCCAGCAAGUUACGCAUGAAAAUACUUGGAGCUCAAUAUAUGAAAAGGAAGGAAGAAGGGUGUUCCUCAAGAGUUUCCCCUUCCAAGCUUGAGGACAUAGAGUAUGCUAAGAAAAAUUUACUGGCUGGCGAUCUUGAUGAUGAAGUUGUUGGCUUUAAGGACUCGCCGGUUUCAUCGAUUAAUGCUAAGUCUCAAAAAUCAGAGUUUUGUAACAAAGAACUCUCACGCUAUGGUGAAGGCUUUCAAACUCAGUCUUCUACUGCAAAUUCCCUUUCUAAAGGAAAUUCUGAGACAAAAUAUUCAAGAAACCAGAAUAAUAGUUCUAAUUCUUCUUAUCAAUCCAAACUUGGAAACAACUACUGCACGGUGCACCCUAUGAAGCAUCAAGAAGUGGAUGAUGAUGGUUAUGACAGUGGGCAUGAGAGUGCUAGCAAUUCUAACUUCGAGUUCCAUCGUAGAGGAAAAGUUUCCCAACUUCCAAUUAUGGGUCAUUUCUCUAGGCAUAUUCCAUCAAAAUGGAAUGAUGCAGAAAAAUGGCUUGUUAAUAAGCAAGUGGUUCAUGAAAAUGGAUUAAAGAACAAUUCAGUGCAGUAUCAGUGCAAUAGGUUGGUGAAUUCAAGUUUGGCAAGGAUUGCUCCAGAAUCCAUUAAUAUAGAUCAGAAACCUUUUGUGAUUCAGCCUUCAGCCAGCAAUUCUAAUUCUCAAAAUAUGGUGGACAAGUUCUCAUUUGUUUCUCAGGGCUUGCAUGCUAAUUCAGCUUCAUUGAAUGAUGAAAGUUGCGUGACAGAUCCUUCUGAGGGUAUAAAUUAUAAAAAUUCAUCAGUCUCUGAGGGUUUUCCUUCUGGAACUACAGACAUUUCUGCCAAACAGCUGGUUUCAAUGAGAGAUGUAGGCACAGAGAUGACCCCGAUUCCUAGCCAAGAGCCAUCAAGAACAGCAACCCCUAUUGAAAAUUUAACACCGAGCCGCAGCCCAUUAUCUUCAAACCCCUCAUCUCCGCGAAUUGGAUCAGUAGCAGUGGAUAGAAUGCCGUCCACUGAUGAGAAUGAGAAGGAUUACCAGAAAGAUGGUAAAAAGGUAGAAUUUUCUGAAAGAGAAUUGCAGCUGAAAACUAGACAGGAAAUUGCAGCUCUAGGCUUACAGCUUGGUAAACUGAACAUAGCCUCUUGGGCUAGCAAGGAGACAGAGCAAAAUUCUCAAUUUAAUAAAAAAACUGACGAGGAAGAACAAGUGAAACAGGAAUAUGAAGCUUGUGCUGCAGCUUGGGAAGAAGCUGAGAAAUCCAAGCACUUGUCCAGAUAUAAACGAGAAGAAAUCAAGAUUCUAGUAUGGGAAAGCCACCAAAGAGCAAAAUAUGAGGCUAGUUUGAGAAAAGUAGAGAUCCGAGCAGUAAAUAUGAGAUCUCGCGCAGAGGCAGCCAUGGCAGAGAAGCUCCGUCGAGCAGAGCGGAAGGCGGCGGAGAAACGAGCCAAUGCCCAAGCCAUAAUGAACUUGCAGACUGCAAGGAUAUCUGAUCAAGCAGACUCGAUACGUCGAUCCGGCCGAGUUCCUUCUCAUUUUAGAUGCUGCAGUUGGUUUCUUUAAAGCUCAAUAGAGAAUUUCAGAUUCAGAUUUAAGUGUGGUGUGGAAUUUUCACCCUUACAGAAGACCAAGCUAGAAUGCUCAUUGCUCAAUUCUUCUUCUUAUGUUGCUAGAUUCACCCACUUCAUAGCUUCACCUUUUGAUCCUAAUGUAACCAUCUUACGUUUGAGACGGCUUUCUUACUGUUUCUUAAAGCGGCUUUUUAGUACAAAAUUUUUAAUUUUUUACUAGAAAGCCACUUUAAGAAGUAGAAAGAAAGCCGUCCCAAACGAAGCCUUUGUUUGGUGUUUCAGUGCAAGCUGGGUGAGUUGUUUAUAGGGAUAUCAAAAGAAAAUGAUUGUGAUCUUAGAACUCUAGUAUAUGUGAAGUAAAGUGUUAAUGUAACUCUGCAGGGCCAUUUCUAUCCUCUGCUCUUCCAGAUCAAUAAAUUGUUUUCAUUAUUCCUUGAAA